AAACGCGGGAAAUCGAGAAGUGAAUUGUUUAUUUAUUUCUGGGCUGAGUUCAUGACAGUUUUUAUCAAGUUAUUAAUUACUGACCCAUGUCAUAGUUUCUUCUUAAGUUUCCUCUCACUCUUUAACAUCUUCAUUAGUGUUUUUUUGGACGAAUCAUUGUUUUGUGAUGUUCUUUAGCUACGUUGUAAGCGCAUGUGUAUUAUAGAAGAUCUCCUUUCAUUCUAACCAAUCAAACUUGUUGAGUUCAAGAUUAAAGUAAUUCGUGCAAAUUUUAUUGAGAAUCUCCCAAUAAUGUCCCGAACUCCGAAAUCUUCCAAACCUUCGGAUAAAGGACAAGCACUGAAACCCUCUGAUGUAUGUGUCAUUCGCAAAAUUUUGAAAGACCAAAUCUUGAUGCCUAGUGCCAAUCCUUUUCGAGGAUCUCCUAAAGAAUUUGCUGAUGUGCUCUCUCUCUUUCGACGAGCUAUGGAACAUGGAGAGAGUAAUUCAGCUCUCCUGAUUGGGCCAAGAGGUUGUGGAAAAACCACUCUAGUGGAAUGUGUUAUUGAAGCACUUCAAAGGGAUUGCCUAGCUUUUGACGACUCUGUCAUUGUGCGACUUAAUGGCUAUGUUCACAUGGAUGACAGACUGGCAUUGAAAGGUAUUGCUACCCAGUUGCAACUAGAAAACACUCUUGGUGAUAAAGUCUUUGGAUCAUUUGCAGAGAAUUUAAGCUUCCUUCUGCAGUGUUUGAAAGAAGGUGACAGAGAACAUACAAAAUCAGUCAUAUUUAUUUUGGAGGAAUUCGAUUUAUUCUGUCAUCAUCAAAAUCAAACUCUGUUGUACAAUUUAUUUGAUGUUGCCCAGUCGGCACAGGCUCCUAUUUGUGUACUAGGCAUUACCUGCAGGAAGGAUGUCACUGACCUGCUGGAGAAAAGAGUUAUGUCCCGAUUUUCCAACCGUCAGAUUCAUCUUUAUCCUCACGCAACUGAAACAUUUGAAGAUGGUGUAAAAAAUCGUAUUCAGCUUUGUAAAGAUUUGCUAUCAAUUAGAAGUGAUAACAAGAAACACCCACAGUUGAGUGUCAGGGCUUUACAACUUUGGAACACCCACUUAGAAGGUCUCUUUGUUAAUCCUAUUGUAGUAGACUGCUUGAAAGACAUGUACGCUUACACUGUUUGUGAAAGAUCACUACGGAAUUUUUUGCUCCUAGUUAUCUGCAGACUCUGUGAUGAUCACCUAGAAGUGACACCAACAGAUUUUUCUGAAGUUUCAAGACAAAUGCGCCGUAAUCUCAGGGUUGCCUUUGCUGAAGGGCUGUCUAUCCUCGAGUUAUGUCUGCUUAUUUCAAUGAUGCAUCAAAAUGAAAUUUUUGAUAGUGCUCCCUUUAACUUUGAGAUGGUUUUUGCACGGCUUUUAAAAUUUGAUCAACACAGCUCUAAGACAAUGACUGUUGAUCGUCAGGUUGUUGUUAAGGCAUUUGAACAUCUCAAGAGCCUCGAGUUCAUUAGGCCAGUCAGUACCUCUAGUCAAGUACUCAAAGAAUUUCAAAUGUUUAAUUUAAUGCUCAUCACUGAUGAAAUUCGAGAAGCUGUUAACAACUAUCAAGGACUCCCAACUGAGGUAUCGCAGUGGGCAUUUUCUGAUUACACUUAGUACCUGGGUUUUCCUUAUAAACUUGGCCUGUCUACUACUUUUAAGUUGAAUGGAACACUUCUUUGUUUAUUCUCUCUUUACAUUAGAAUGACAAGGCUUUUUGUAGGUUCAAAUAUUAUUUUAAUUUUUGCUUGCACUUUGUUA